CCUUUGCUUGUGCGGAGCGGUCAACUUCAGAUCCCUCUUCAGACAACGCGUUCUUCUUCAUCUUUGUGUUGUUUAGGACGAUCGCGGCGGUCAAAAAGUCCGCCCUUCGCCAGUCCAACCCUCUCGCCUUGACGCCCCCCAAGUCAAUCUCCAUCGUCGAAUCCCCUCAUCCUCCCUCUCCGUCACCGUUCGCUCAUUUUGAGGGAGGUAGGUGGGCGACGCAGCGUUCGGGGGAGACGACAAGCGAGAGCGAUGACAUGAACCCUUGUGUAAUGCGUUUGAGCACUGCUGCCGCGGCGAGCCGGGCGGGGUUGUUGUCAUGGAGAGGACACGGGCGGCGGCUGCGGCGGGCUCGGAGUCUCUGAUCGCGACACUGACGAGCGCGACGCAGGCGCUCGGUCGGGGUUUCGACGUCACCUCCGACGCGCGGCUUCUCUACUGCAAGGGCGCCCCCGGGUCCCGCCUCGUCCUGCUCGACGACGCCCGCACGGAGAGUUUGGUCAUCGCGGACAACGGCGGCGGCGGCCAGAUCGUUCUUCGCGCUGUCCCUUCAGACGUCAAAAUCUCGAGGGAUAGGGACCGGCGGGAGUCCUCCGGUGUCUGCAAUUUCCAGCAGAUGGCUGAGUAUUUCAAUAAGAAGUCAGGUUUAUCUGGCACAGUACCUCUUGGCAGCUUUAACUCAAUGUUCAGUUUAACUGGAUCUUGGAAAGUGGAUGCUGCAGCAACAAAAGCCCUCGCCAUGGAUGGUUUCCACUUCCCUUUAUAUACAGCUAAGCUUAUGACUGUUGAUUUAGUUCUCCGUGAUGAUGUCAAGCGUGCUGUUCCUCGCAAUUGGGACCCACCAUCGUUGGCUAGCUUCAUUGAGAAUUUUGGCACCCAUAUUAUCACAUCAGUUACUAUCGGUGGUAAAGAUGAGGUUUAUAUCAAGCAACACCAUUCAUCCCAGUUAUCAGUGUCAGAAAUUGAAAACUAUGUUAAGGAGAUUGGGGAUCAGAGAUUCUUGAACUUGGAACACCAGUCACUUAAUGCCCCCUUGAAUUACAAAGAUAAGGAUGUAACUGUAAUAUUUAGGAGGAGGGGUGGUGAUGAUCUUGUUCAAAACCAUGCAGAUUGGGUGCACACCAUUUUGUCAGCACCAGACAUCAUCAAUAUAACUUUUCUCCCUAUUGUUUCUCUUCUGAAUGGACUGCCUGGAAUUCAAAAUUUAUCCCGUGCUGUUGACCUAUAUUUGGAGUAUAAGCCCCCAGUAGAGGAACUCCAGUAUUUCUUGGACUUCCAAGUGCAGAGAGUUUGGGCUCCAGCACCAGUUAAUAUUCCUGGACACCAGAGAAAGGAACCCGUGUGCCCUUCUCUUCAGUUUAGCUUAAUGGGCCCCAAGCUCUAUAUUAGCUCAGAACAGGUAUCUGUUGGCCGUAAACCAGUCACUGGCCUCAGGAUAAGCCUUGAAGGAAACAAACGAAACCGACUAGCCAUCCAUAUACAGCAUCUUGCAAUCUUACCAAAGAUCCUCCUGCCUCACUGGGACUCCCACGUCGCAAUCGGCCCUCCAAGAUGGCAAGGCCCUGAGGAGCAGGACAGCCGCUGGUUUGAACCCAUUAAGUGGAAGAACUUUGCCCAUGUUAGCACUGCACCAAUCGAGAGUAAUGAAACAAACAUUGGCGAUCUCUCUGGUGUCUACAUAGUGACAGGAGCUCAGCUGGGGGUAUGGGAUUUCGGUGCCAGGAGUGUCCUGCACCUCAAACUAUUGUUUUCCAAGGUCCCUGGUUGUACCAUAAGGAGAUCGGUUUGGGAUCAUAGUCCAUCUACUACCCAUGCGCUGAAAUCAGAGGACACAUCAUCUUCAGCUUCGGCAGAUUACAGCAAGCUUGUGAAGAUUGUGGACAUGACAGAGAUGUUGAAAGGGCCGCAAGAUACACCCGGUCACUGGUUAGUCACGGGUGCUAAGUUGGGGGUCGAAAAGGGGAAGAUUGUCGUACGUGUGAAGUAUUCCUUAUUAAGCUACUGAAUCUGAUUUGACCUGUUUCUAAGUUCCUCUUGUAUUAUCACUGUCACCGCCCUAGGAAGCAUUCUUUCUACGGGUAGCAUGUGUUUUUUUGUUCUUGUACAUUCUUUAGAAUGUCAUUAAUGUUGUUUAUCACAGAGCUUAUGGUGUUGGAGGUUUCAUUAGAUGUGUAACAUGAAAACAACCUGCCCUUUUUCUCA